AUGAAUACAUGUUUUCAGAUAAUUGGCCUAGAAGGAAUUCCUGUUUAUACCUAUUUUCGAGUGAAUAAUGAAAAGUGGAAAUUUGGUGAAAUUUUAUGUGACUUAUGGUUAAUGAUUGACUAUGUCGUAUGCCUUGCAUCAAUUUAUACUGUUCUUGGAAUAACAGUAGACAGAUACUGUUCCGUAAAGCAUGCUGCAGCUUACCGGAACUGGAGAACACCGCGGAAAAUAAUAACAAUUAUUGCAAUAGUAUGGCUGGUCAGUAAAUCUAUUUUUCGUUUACUUUUGAUCAAUCUUUUUCAAAAUUCUGGUCACGCCUUAAAUUAUGCUUUCAGUAACAGAUCUAAGAAGCUAGUAAAAUUGCUAAACAUGGGCAUGUAUAUAUUUUAUUAUUGGUCAACUUUAUUUGUUAUGCUCUACCUCUACUCUGGAAUCUAUCGAGCUGCAAAAUUAUUGGCUGCUAAAAGUGAAGAGGUUUGA